AUUUUCUUGACUUCAUUAGAUCAAUUUAAAAAUAUGUACAUAAUUAUUUGUUUUCGGUUUGAAACGAACUAAAUGAAUGCCAUUUACAUAGUUGUAACUUUAGUUAUCGGCUUAACAAGAGUGUAAGGAUGUUAUAGCUAUUGAAUUUAGAAGACAACAUGCAGCGCAGUAAACUAUUUAAGUGGUCCACCGUUAUAAUUAUAUGUAUAUUUGCAAGACUGAUAUUAUUGUGGAUCCCCCAAAAAAAUAACGUAUGCAGUACCUUAUCCGCUUAUUUUACCAUCAACAACAACGACAACUGCUGGCACAAUUCGGAUAAAGGAUUAUCUGCGGUUCAAAUAAUCUCAAAAUAUGGUUACAAAUUCGAAGAACAUAUCGUUACAUCUGAAGACGGCUACCGUUUGUUCGUAUACAGGAUAUUACCAAAAGGUAACAGCAGUUUUAACCAACCUCUACUACUAAUGCCUGGGAUGGGAGGAUCUCCAGAGUUCUGGUUGCUGCAAGGAGCAAAAUCUAUCAUAUUUCUCUUGGCUAACAAUGGUUAUGACGUCUGGUUAUCAGCGGUCAGGGGAACAGUAGAUUACGACGAGGAACUAAAAAACUUUAAAAACGAAGAAGAAUAUUGGAACUUUAGUUUCCACGAAAUUGGGAUAUACGAUCUACCUGCCCUGACAGAUUAUAUUACGAAGCAGACGAAGAGCAAAGUUAUAUUUGUGGGUCAUUCAAUGGGCUCAACGGCAUCGUACGUUUAUGCUAUAGAAAAGAAAACUCACGCAGAAAAUAAUUUGAAGGGUUUGGUUUCGUUGGCCCCUGCUGCGUAUAUGGAACACACGCAAGGAUUUUUCAAAUUUAUCGGACCGAAGAAUGAGUGGAUAUGGGACUUUACUAAGAAGAUUGGAUGUUAUGCCGUGAGUAACACGUACACAAAACGUUUGAUCUCAUCAUUGCUUUGUGCGCAAUAUCCUGGAGUAUAUGGAUGUUAUUAUUUUUACGGCUAUAUGAGUGGACUCUCACCUACUGAAGAAAGACCUGACAUGGUGCCUUUGUUCUUUAGUGUAAUGCCAUCUCCAAUAUCAAUGAGGAUUCUUGCGCACUUUGGUCAGUUAAUCGAGACAACUAGAUUCCAAAAGUUCGAUUAUAGAGAUGACCAAAUUAACUUGGAGAAAUAUGGUUCUUUAAAACCACCCGAUUAUAAUAUUAGCCAAAUUUCAUUACCAAUUCAGCUAUUUACAGGAACUUAUGAUUUUAGUAGUUCAGAUAAGGACUUUUGUGGGGGCUGGACACUCAAAACGAGGGAUAUAAACAAAUUAGAAGCUUUCGAAAUGUGGCUCUAUCGCCGUAUCCUAAAAAUACCAUGGACAGCGAAAAUCACAAAUAUAGAUGUCCUUAAAAGAAUAAUCCAAGAACGCCAACUUUUCGAAACCAUCAAGAAAAGGAAAACGGCGUAUCUAGGUCACAUCAUUCGAAAUGGACAAUACCAGUUCCUCCAACUUAUAAUCGAGGGCAAGAGAGGAAUUGGACGCAAGAAAAUGUCCUGGCUCCGAAACAUAAGGCAAUGGACAGGGAUUAACGACAUAAAAUCUCUGAUACAUAUUGCAAGAAAUAGAGAAUUAAUGAAAAAUGUGAUCGCUAACAUCCAUUAG